GUUCCCUGGAGAAGCAAGGGAGGGGAGAGCUGAGGCUCACUCCAGCACAAAAGGAUCCCCUCCAAGGGCAGCUCACCUGGCCCAGGGACUCAGAACACACAUGACUCACCCCACUUGAGCUGAAACAGCACCCUCUGGCCCCACAGAAGCAGCCAGUAUGCCUAUCUCCAAGUGCCUGAAAAAGUCAGAGCCCCUGUGGAAGGGAUGGGACUGGAAGGCCCAGAAGAACGGACCGAGGCACCAGGUGUAUGCUGUCAACGGCGACUGCUAUGUGGGAGAGUGGAAGGACAACAUGAAACAUGCGACCCUGGCCGCGCCAGGACGCCGGAGCGCGCGCAGCUGGCUGCAAUACAGGCCGGAGGCUGCGACCCCGCUGCUCCCGCCCCGAGACUCCGGAUCCAGGCUCCAUCCCACAGAGAACGGGAACCGCUAUGAGGGCUACUGGCAGCGAGGCUUGAAGAAUGGGUCGGGGCGUUUCUUUCACCUGGACCACGGUCAGCUGUUUGAAGGCUUCUGGGUGGAUGAUGUGGCCAAGUGUGGCACAAUGAUCGAUUUUGGCCGCGAUGAGGCCCCUCAGCCCACCCAGUUCCCCAUUCCUGAGAUCAAACUUCUAGAUCCCGACGGUGUGCUGGAGGAAGCCUUGGCCAUGUUCAAGAAGACACAAGGAGACUGAUGCCAGAGAAAACACGAGAGCUGCAGGAGAAAGUGAAGCCCACGUCAACCAACUGCUCAGACCGGUGCGGCUCCCACUGGAGGAGGGAAUGGUGACUCCAGGCACACCCUUGGCACCCUCAGAGGGCACUCACUCCUCCCAGCACUGGAUCAUUCUUUGCUAAUAGGGGGCCAGUGCUUCUCUCCCCGGCUGGCCUUGCGGACCCUCUUGUUAUGGCCUUCACUCUAGGACCCCAUCCCUGAGUGCAUGAGAGUAAAAAAGAACCUGGUGGCAUUAGCCUGGGGCCUGUGGUGUGAGGCUUGGGAGGGAUUUCAGGCAGAAAAGAGGGAAGACUUUCCUGUGGGCUGCAUGGGUUGAACUUGGGGGAGAGACAGGAGGUAUCUCCAGGUCUCUGAGCUCUGAGCUACCCCAGAGAGGAGAAAGAGCCUGCACCUGGUCACAUUGGUCACCAAAAUUUGGGGUUAAAACCCAACCUGGCUUCUCGGCCUAACACAAGGGCUCUCAACCUUGGAAUCCAGUGGGAGUUUUAAAAGCUACAGACGUCCAGGUCCCACACCCAGUUUCACAUCUGUCUGGGGUGAGGCCGGGGCCUUCAAACUUUCCCCAGAUGAUUCUAAUGUGCAGACUGGGCCAAGAACCCCUGGUUUACUGGAUGUGUGACCCUUAGCAAGUGAUCUCCGUGCCCAUCUAUAAAAUGGGACUUAGGAGAUCUCACAGGGGCAUUUUGAGGAUUUGCGAACAGAUGUAAUCAUAAUGAAUAACAUGUAUUGAGGUUACUUGUGAAGCAGGUAUCUGGGAAGGGCUUUGCAUAAUUCUAAUCUAGACAACAUUCUUGCAAGAUAAGACAGACUCUUAUGUAAGGGGUAGGUACAUGAGCUCUGCAGUCAGACCUGCUGGGUGUGAAUCCAUUGUCAUUUAUUAGCUGUGUGUUCUUGGGUACAUCACCCAACCUCUCUGUUCUCUAGAUUUCCUUCCCCUCUAAGACGAGACAAUAACCGUACUUACCACCCAGGGUUGUUGUGGUUACAGUGAAGAGCAAAUAUGGUGAGGAUCAAAUAAGGCGUGGUUCUAAUCUGAGGAUGAUUUCAUCCCCCUCCCUCCCUGGGGACUUUUGGGAUGUCUGGAAACAUUUUUGGCUGUGCCAGCCAGCAGGGAAGAAUGCUACUGGCACUCAGUGGGUAGGGGUUGGGGAUCUUGCUCAACAUGCUACAAUGCACUCUACAAAAUAAUGAUUUAGCCCACUGUCAAUAGUGUAACCUUGAAAAACCAUGAUGUUUGUCAAGGCCUCACCCAGUGUGUGGCUCAAAAAAUGCUCCUUGACGCUGCUGAGCUUCUCUCUGCCUCGAAAUCGUCAGCAGGGUGGUCUGACUCGAGGCAUGGCUCUCGGUCUGUACUUCUGACACCAGGACGCUGAGCCUGGCUGCCUUGAGAUCCAGAAUUAACCAGAUAACACUCACUCGGUUCCUGUGAUGACAGCUUUAUGUGUGUCCUCCUCUCUCAUAACCCUAUGAGGUAUCCUGCUAUUAUGACUGCCAUUUUAGAGGAGGAAACUGAGGUUCAGGGAGGUUCACAAGUCAUCAAGCUAGAAAGGGACUGUACUUAAACACAGGUCUAUUUGCUUUUUUUUUUUUGAGACUUUAUUAAAUUUAUUGGUCAUGACAAUGGUUAGUAAAAUGACAUGGGUUUCAAAGUCUAUCUGCUCUUAAGGUGCAGAGCAGUGGCAGUGUGUUUGAAGGCUACCAUUUUCUAGAAAAAGUAGGGGCCGUUGUGCUCGUUUAUGUAUAAAAUUUCUCUAGAUAGGACCACAAUAAACGGGCAAACAAUGGUUCUCUGGGGAGAACUGGGAACCUAGGAACAGGGGAGGGCAACUUUUCCCUGUGUAUUUGGAACCAUGUGAAUGUAUUAGCUAUUCAAAAUAUAAAUAAAACUGAAAGAGACUGUUCUCAACUACCAGCAUUUCCCUAACUUGCCUGGGUUUGAGAGUACCUGGAAUGCUUGUUAAAAAUGCAGAAUCCAGACACACCCAGGGGAGGGGCUUGGAUAUCUGCAUUUUACAAGCCAAUCUGGUGAUUCUUCUUUUU